AAAUUUGUGUUUUCAUAGAAUGGGUAGUGGUAACUGCAUACGAUUGUCGCUUAUUGGUGUGAAUAUAUUCUUUCUGGUAAAUUUUUCCUUUUUACAAUAAAUUACAUAACUAGUCACCUCACUGAGAUUUUAAUUGUUAUUUUAUCCAGAAACCACUGUAUAAGUGGAGUAGAGUAGAGUAGAGUAUAGACUCAACUCGACUCUUCCGUGUUGGUAAAAAUUUCCAGUCAACCGAUGUCUGUCGGACAAAUGAAUAUCCGCCGUUCAGAUUUGAGCUCCACUUCCGCUAUCAUUACCUCUCACUGGCUUAGUACGCAUCGGGUCAAGGCUAAUCAGAUAUAUCAAACACACUUGAUUGGUUGGUGGUUAAUAGCAGCUGUAGCGGUAGUGGAAGUCAAAUCUGAACCUCACUAUCAUCAGUCAUAAAUUCAUGAAUAUAUUUUAAUGUAUUUACAUUUUCAGCUUGGUGGGUUAGCCCUGCUUGGUCUGGGUAUCUGGGUCCAAGUAGAAAAGGGAGAUUAUGUCGCCAUUGCUGAUUCAGAUACGGGACUUUCUGGAGCUAUAUUGCUCAUUGUUGUUGGUGCCGUGACUGCAGUCAUCGCGAUUGUUGGCGUCGUCGGAGCGUUUAAACGAAAUUCAGUUUUGUUGUGGAUAGUAAGUUCGGUUCAUCUUGCACUUUUUUUAGUACAAUGGUCGGCUAUGAAAGAAGGCUUAAUCAACCAGAAACAGGGGCGUAGGAAGCAGUGGAGCCAGGGGGCCUCGCUCGAUCUCCACCCAAUAUUUUAUGUCGACGGGAUAGCUUGAUUUCUCGAAACUGGAAGUAUUUGAAACCGUAUGUAUCAUAUUAAUAAUGUACCUGCAAUUGUUUAUUGCUAUUUUUAAUAACAACAUUUUUUACGAGUAUAUAAGUAUGACAUAUAAGUGCGAGUUCCAUUACAUUGAUUAUCAGCAAGUUACUGUAAUAUUAGUCAUCCAUCCUGGCUCACGGGCAGCUUACAAAUCAUAACGACAGAAUUUGAAAGGGCUUAACGAAAGUGGCAGAGAAGACCCUGAAAAUACCAUUUCCGACGAUAUGGAGACUCCAAGUUCUCAACAAUCGCCCCCCCCCCUAACUUUUACCCGCUUUCUACGCCCCUGACACGGAAAGAUAAAGGGAGUAAUGUAGCUAAUUUCACCAGCAGCGUAGCCAGCCCGACGAUUUAGUCCCGCUAUGCAGAUAUUUUCGUGUCAGUCAUUGACUGUGAAAACAAUCAAUUUCUAAAGAAAUUAAUAAUGAUAAAAUUUUGAAUUUGCACAGCAUGACUAAAUUGUCGGGCUGACUACGCCACUGAAUUUCACCAUUUUGUCCAAAACUAUGCACAGAAGCAUCUUCUUUAUAAAUGCACAUAUUUGCUAAAAUGUUAACCUAUAAUUUACAAGUUCUCGCAAAUUAAUCAAAUGUAGCCAUCCAUAAAAUAUCUAUUUCACUAGGUUAGAAUGCAAGUAGUCGCAUUCCUGAAUGUUUUAACACCAAAACAUGGUAUCUUAUAAAUUGGGCAUUUGGAUGCACCCGCUGUUUUUGUAAUAACUUUUCUGACCGGCAUAAAUUAAGCGCUUACCAAUUUGUCAGUGCAUGCGCAUGUCAGAUGGUGAGAAGAGUCAAAAUGCAUGCUUCUGAGCAAGCUAAUUACACGUAUGAGCAUAUCCACAUGCAUGCAUGCAUGCAUGCAUGCAAAGUCCAAAAAAGACUUAUAUUCAUAGAAUUGUUGUAUUCACAUAUCCCCGAGGUGCCUCAAAAUAACGUACUUAUUUUUCACACUGCGAGGUCGCGUUAAUGAGUCAGAAAAGAAAUAAUUCUUAAUGCUAUAUUGCCUUCGCGAUGUUGUUUUUUCUCAUUUUUUGUGCUGCAAAGACAUUGCAAGUGAAUAUUAGAGGGGAUUAUUAAUUGCAGGUGAAUAUUAGAGGGGAUUAUUAAACGGAAAUUGAUUAAAGGAGAAUAUUAUAUUGAAUAUAUUCCCCGACAAGAACAACGGAAACCGAGCAAGGUGAAAAAUAAGACUACAUUAUUGUAUUUCUAAUCGCCGCGAAACUAUGAUGUUUUUUAUACCUUAAGAAAACUACAGUAUAUUAUUAUUAUGCAACUAACUAUUUUGCAGUUCUUUUCUGUCUUGGUGAUCAUUGUUAUCGUGCAAAUUGUGGCUGUCAUCUUGGGAAUGUUAUAUAGACAAAAGGUAGUACUGCUUACUAAAAUUUCAAUAGGUACAGUACACUACAUAAUGGUUCAAGGCAUUUUUUAACUAAUAAUAUGCAUGAUAAAAUUUUCCAUUUUUGAUUGGGUGGGACCAGUGCAAUUUUUUCGAAAUACAGUGCAAAAAGUGAAAUGCAGUGCAAAAAAAUGAAAUACAGUGCAAAAAGUAAAAAUAAUAAAAAGCCUAAACAUUCCGAGUGACAAAGCUAUUAUUAAUCAGUAAUAAUACGGUUUUUCAUGGAAUUUGGAAAACAUACACUCGUGAAUUUUUAUAGACUUCGAAAUGCACUCGUUCUUCGGACUCAUGCAAUUUUGAUCGUCUUUUGAAAAACUCACUGGCGCAUGUUUUUCCCAAAUUGCACUCGAAACCAUACUAAUACCUAUAUGGAUCACAUCUGCUGGGACAGUUUAAAGUACAUUAACUGUGAGGGCGCCUCUUCUCCCAUGCAAUUAUGUGUACAUUAAUUACGGUCAUCGUGUGCUGCUGACCUUUACUGAUAAGGUGGAAUAUCCAGAAAGUGAGAGAAUAUCAGAAACAGGCAACGCAACGAGGUUGCGCCUUUUUAGUAAUGAUAAAAAGGGCCCAGUGCAUCUGAAAAUCCAUCUUCACUACUAAAGCUAGCCAACGUCAUAGACUCUGAAUAAAUUAUAUAAAAACUACCCCCACUCUGGUCUUUAUGUUUGAAAAAGAAAAAAGAUAACAAACAAUCACUCACUGACACGUGUGUUGACCAUGGAAAUUUGAUAACGUACAGUAUACACAUACACAUGCGCAGAAAUCCUGCGUGAUACAUGGCUGCCAUCGUAUCUUCAACGCUUGUCUUAUCUAGCUACUAUUACUAAAUCUUCAGAAAUUUGAAUCUUCCAAACAGCGGGCGGCCAGUCCGUCUCGGGACAUAUGAAUCACUGGAUUAUGAAUGAUUAUAACGUCUUCACUACUAAUAAGCAGAAACUCGACGUUUCGAGCGAAGGCCCUUCGUUAAGAGUUAGUAGCCAAGAGUUUGGCUACAAACUCUUGACGAAGGGCCUUCGUUCGAAACGUCGAGUUUACGUCGAGUUUCUGCUUAUUUUUUAAGGUAGUAAUAUUAAUAACCACUCAGCACAGCAUUUUCACAUUGGUACUAACCACACUGGUACAGACAGUUUUAGUAUACAUAUAUCACUACUAUACAGGAUUUCGUAGGUAAAGAAAGAUGUUUUGUAAAUGGAUUUUACCUGAAUACGAACUUCAACACAGAAAAUGUAUUACUAAAAUGUAUUAAAACGUUGCAAUAAACGUUCCUGAUUUAUAGAGAAAAAGAAUCGGUCUAAGGGAGUACUUUAUAUUUUGAAGAUAUGUUACUAUAUUUUUCUGCAUUUUCUGGCGAGCACAAAAUGAAAAAAAAAACACUAAAACGAAAAACUCAGAUAUCGUAUGAGCAUGGCAUGUAUAUUUUAUAUUUUAGAACCGCACAUAUUGAUUGCGAAAUGAAUAAUUUGUGCAGAAUUUAGGUUAAAAUUUCUGCUUCUACUCAUUUUUAUUUCUCCAGCUGCUUUUUCAUAUUAAUUGUACAAUUUUCGUUCAUCAAUUACAGGUUGAAGACGAACUUCGUGGCGACAUGUUGAAAACGAUUCAAGAGUACGCAACUGAUGUUGAAGGUGUGACUAAAGCGUGGAACUGGGCACAACAAAAG